AUGGUUAGUCAUAUAUAUUUGAACAACAAUCUUAAGAUGAUCAUCAGUCAUUUACCUAGGUAUCGUUACGAAGUUGGAUAUCUCAAAUGGAGAUGCCACCACGCAACUAUCAUUACUGUCAACAUCAUACUUACAAAUCAGAUUGAUUCAAUACCAACUGAAUAUCAAGCAAAAAAAAAUGAUUCAACAGCAUACUCAUCUUUGGGAUUUAAUAACAACCACCCAGAUAACACCUCUGUAACAACUUGA